UUCCAGAGAGAGUUGAAAAUUUUGACGUCCAGGGAUCAAAAUUGGUGUGGGACAGACCUCAACCUUUGACCUGUGACAUUUUAAAUUACCAUAUUAAUUUAAGUUUGACUGAAAAGGAUCAGUGUCAACAAGUUUAUAGAAAUGAACAAUUUACUACAGAAGAUGCUGAAAUAAAUUUAUCAGAAUUGGAACCAUAUUCAACACAUCAAGUCACUAUUAGCGCUGAAACAGAUGCAGGACUUGGUCUGGAAACUACUCAUGAAUUUGGAACUCCUGAAAAAGUUCCUAAACGUGGUCCAAAAGAAGUUAACAUUACUGCUGUGUCAGCCACAGGAGCCAGCUUUGCAUGGUCUGAAAUAGAAUGUGGCUAUAGAAGAGGUCGCAUCAGAGGCUACAAAUUUAGCUUGCAAAAUACAGAUGGCAAAGAACUUAUCACUAAUGAGACAAGUGAGCUUCAGUGUGAAUUUAACAAUCUUAAUCCAUUUACUGACUACAUUUUCAGUGUAAAAGGUUUCAAUUCCAAAGGUGAUGGAAAAAGCCAAGAAAUACAUGUAACAACGAAUGAGUCAAUUCCUUCUGAUGUAAGGAAUAUUGAGAUCCGUAAUACAGAUACCAAGUCAUUUCGAAUUAAAUGGUCAAGACCAAAGCCACCCAAUGGAAUAGUUGUCAUGUACCAGAUCAAUUACACAGUAAUGGAUGGAUUUGAAAAUGACCACAUGUCAGUCAUAUAUGAUGUACCUGAUGGAGAGAGGGACAAAAUUGAUUUCAUUACCACUAUUGAAGACCUUCGGCCAAAUACUAAUUACUCUGUUCAGCUAAAGCUGAGCAAAGGAUACCACUAUGUUAUUGAUAACCAAUAUACACGUUUAUCUCUUGCGUACAAAACACAAGCUGCUGCUUUUACUUCAGUUGGAAUUGGACCGUGGAGUGAUGAAUUUUAUGUUUUCACAACUACCGGUAAACCAGGCCCUGUUGACAAUUUACUUGUUGAAUAUGCUACAGAAACAGAUUUACAUAUGACAUGGGAACAACCUCUGAACCCAAAUGGGGUCGUUACCAACUAUCAUGUGAGUUCUUGGCAUGAACAAUUUAGAAAAUAA